CCCAGAAGGCCGACGAUCACGACAUUCCUUCCCUACCGCCCAACGCCUUCGGCAUCACUCGAAUUCGCACCCUUUAUUCAGCUUUGUUUCCCCGUCUCACAUCACAGACAGACACACACGCACACACAUACACCACUCUGUACCACCAUGCCCACAUUUCUCACCCACGAGAAGUCGCCCGUUUACCCGUCCAACACUGACUUCCUGGACCUUGACCCCAACAACACCCUCAGUCUCGCCAGGAAGCGUGAUACCGCAGGCACCGUGGACACAUCAAAUGGUUAUCCCCAUUCCAUCUCCCUCCACAAUCAUCGUCAUCCUCAACCCACCCAUGAUAGCUUCGACGAGAGCUCCUUCUCUUCGGCCCAUACCUCCGAAAUCUCAUAUCCGAAUCCCGCCCAGGUGAAUGGAACCCGUCCGACGAGCAUGAGCUCCCUGUCCAAUGACAGAACCGCAAAUGGAGGGCUCCCCCAUGACGCGGCCUAUCAUGACUCUAGCGCCCAUCCUAACCACCAUCGAGACGAACAACAUAAUCCUUUGCAGAACGGUUCCAUCGUCAAGAUGCCCCAGAGGCCGCCACCGCCACCCCCGGCUGCAACAGUUGCCCAAGGCUUCGACGGUAGCCUCUCUGCAAGGGAUUCCGACGCGGACGUCACCGACCCGGCCUCACUUCGCUCAACGACGGCCACGUCGGUAGUCCCAGACUCACCUGCGAACUCGAGACACAGCAACCCCGAACAACACGACGACGGCGCUGAACCCCGUCCGACCCAUUCCCCUCGACAAUCUGAAACUACACUGUCCCAGGCGGUCCCAGCAACCACCACAACAACAACCACAAUUGAUCCUCUCUCGAGGACUCCAUCACUACCUCCGGAUCACCGAUCCCCAAGCACCACGCCACACCGACUCUCUUCUCCUCCCUUGUACCACUCUGCCAGCGGUGCCGCAAUCAACAACACCCCAUCCUCCCUCCACGCGCCUUCAACCCCCAGCCUCAAACAACGUCACACCCUCGAAGUGCCCCGGCCCCAACCUGGCCGGACUUCGAAAGAUGGCAUCGAUUCGGCUGUUGCCACCGGUCGAUUCUCCCCUACGCCGGCGAAUCCCGUCGUCCGCCGGGCGUCGGUCAGCUUGGCUCGUAGGAACACUCGCUCUAUGCAGUCCGACGCACCCCGGGACGAGGUUAUGCCGGAUGAGGAUGCCCUCCGCUGGGCCGAGGCAUAUCGACAGAAGAGAGCGAGCAAGAGGAAAAAGAAGGAAGAGGAGGAUGACGAUAGGGUGCUCGUGGGCACCAAGGUGGAUGAGCAUCAUGCCAACUGGGUUACGGCAUACAACAUGCUGACCGGCAUUCGCGUCUCUGUCUCGAGAACCAAUGCGAAACUCGACAGACCGCUUACAGAUGCCGAUUUUGAGGCCAAGCAGAAGUCAACUUUUGAUAUCGCUGGUAACGAAUUAGUUCCCUCCGCAAAGUACGACUUCAAAUUUAAGGACUACGCGCCAUGGGUCUUUCGGCAUCUUCGCGCCCUUUUCCACCUCGAUCCCGCCGACUACCUCAUGUCUCUCACUGGGAAGUACAUCCUCUCCGAGCUCGGCUCCCCUGGCAAAAGCGGCAGCUUUUUCUACUUCUCCCGAGACUACAAAUACAUCAUCAAGACGAUCCACCACGCCGAGCACAAGUUUCUCCGCAAAGUUCUCAAAGACUACUACGAACAUGUCAAGGAUAACCCCAACACCCUCCUCUCCCAGUUUUACGGCCUCCACCGAGUCAAAAUGCCCUACGGCAAGAAGAUCCACUUCGUCGUCAUGAACAACCUCUUCCCACCUCACCGAGACAUCCACACGAUAUUUGAUCUCAAGGGCUCCACCGUCGGCAGGAACUACGGGGAGGAAGAUUUGGAGAACAACCCACGGGCGACGCUGAAGGAUUUGAACUGGCUUAGGCGGCAACGUUCCCUCGAGCUGGGCAUCCGAAAGAAGCGGCUUUUCCUCGAGCAGUUGAACAAGGACGUGGCGCUCCUGAGAAAGCUGCAAAUCAUGGACUACUCCCUGCUGGUGGGCAUCCACGACUUGCAAAGGGGCAACGAAGAGAAUCUACGGGACAAGACGCUCCAGGUGUUCAGUCCGGGCGGCGAUGCCAACCAAGACGAUUCCGAACCCCAGUCGGUAUUACUCAGGACGCCAUCUACUCUAGAGAACGCCCGGAAGGCGAAGGAGCUGAGGCAAAUGAUACGCCAAGAGCGGCCGGUGCCCAUGGGACAGACAGCCAGCAAGAUGCCGGACGAGCUGGACGAGCAAAACCGAGCUGGCGUUUUCAACCAAGACGACGGCGGCCUUCGCGCGACCCACGAGGAUAACUCGCCCGCCGAAGAAAUCUACUAUCUGGGCGUCAUUGACUGCCUGACUCACUACGGCAUGGUCAAGAAGAUAGAGCACUUCCUAAAAGGUCUAACGAGUGACCGCACGCAGAUCUCCGCCCUACCCCCGGACGAGUAUGGUGACCGAUUCUACCGCUUCGUCGAGGGCAUCACCAUGUCUCGCGAGGAGGCAGAACGCGAAAGACAAAUGAAGGAGCAGGAAGCCGUGGAAGCCGCGGCUGCCCAAAAAGAAAACGAGCGCGUAUCGAGCUGGCGGAGCUCCAGUUCUAGGCGUGUAUCGAAUUGUAUUGCCAUACCACCAAUGCCGAGCCACCAGCCGCCCCCCGUCCCAGCGUCGAGCGGAACCCUGUCGCCUCAAGCCCAAGAGACCAUGGAGAAGGCCCGACGCCAAGCGAACAAAUCAGAGGAGCGGGGUGCGAAUGAGGAUGCCGUUCCCGAGAAGACGUUGAAAACCGUACCUGCUGCGGUCGACAGACGAGAGUCCGGCCAAAGCCAAUCGAUUCUACCGGUCGUGGAAGAGGCGGCCGAAGUGCACUCAACUAGGCGUCACCGUCGAGAUGGCGAUCAUCAUGGCCAACCGCCCAUGACUCCUGCCAGGCUAGGGCUUCGUGACCAAAUGGCGGCCAGAUCAACACCCCAGCAUCCACCACCUACUCCUCCCAAGAAUGGCUUGAAGCCAGAGAGCCAGGACAGCGGCUACGGGACGCUGGCUCAGAGCAUGGAGGAUAGCGCCCACCACGAACACUUUAACGCGGCGCCUCCCCGACUGAGCAAGGACUCUCUGAACAAAGACCUUCCUCCGUUGCCGACCGGAGUGGAGUUGGAUAACAGAGGCCGGGGGCGGUUUUUCUCGUAAACGAGCGUAUUUUCCUACAAAACGGCAGUCGAACUCUGUCUAUAUAUCACGGAGAUGGAAAGACGAGCGACCUAAUGUUAGGGGU